AUGCCAUCCAUAAAACUCCUCACAUUCUUUGCGAUCAUCGCUUGCGGGUUUGCGUCUGCAGAUUUAGCAUCAGACCGGAAAACGAGGUGCACGUUUCGUUGUCCCAGGCUUACUGAAGGAGGAUGUCUAAGAAUCACGCACCGGGACAAAGACGGGCAACCAAACAGAUGGGAAGUCCUGAAAGCAUACCACACCGAGAAUCACCCCCUCUUUUACAAUUGCCUUGGCACCAACGCGGAUCUCAGCGUUUGCGCUGAGAUGGGCAAGAUUGUUCUACCUCACCCCCCCAAAGCCCAAG